UCGCACAUUAUAUUUGCCGAUCCCUAUGAAUGUUAAUCCCCGGUACUCCGAGUGGCAAGAGACGCUCGCCAACUCACCAACACCGAUCUUCUGUGAAGUUCUCACUUUUCUUCUUCCCCGCUCCUAUCAAACCAGCAAUCACCACGCUCACUCGGAUUCUCGUACUGAUUCGAAUUAAGCUUGUGCGGAAGGGGAAGCAAGAGAUAUGGCAGUCGCCGAUGACAGGGCGGGGUCGUCAGAUGGAAAAAUCUGGGGUUUAUGCCCGAUUCCAUUCUGGCAGACCGGCUCUUCUAGUGCCGGAGGUGGCGGUGGGAAUUCUUCGACGAACUCCUCGUCGUCUUUGACCCAUCAUCAGCACCAUCUUGGUGUUGGUCAGGUCGCCGGGGCUUUGGGGUCUAGAGCGCAGCAUUCUUCCGGUGGCAGCUCGGUCUCUUCGGUGGCGAAGUCGAUUUUCCCGACGCGCCGCCGACUUCGGCUCGAUCCGCCUAAUAAACUUUACUUCCCAUAUGAACCUGGCAAGCAGGUUAGAAGUGCAAUCAGAAUAAAGAAUACUAGCAAAUCCCAUGUAGCGUUCAAGUUUCAAACAACUGCACCGAAAAGUUGUUUUAUGCGUCCUCCUGGUGCAAUACUUUCUCCAGGAGAGAGUAUUAUAUCAACUGUUUUCAAGUUUGUGGAGCAUCCAGAGAACAAUGAGAAGCCAUUGCUUGAUCUGAAAAACAAAGUUAAAUUUAAGAUCAUGAGCUUAAAGGUGAAAGGGCCCAUGGAAUAUGUUCCAGAGUUGUUUGAUGAGCAUAAGGAUCAGGUUUCAGUUGAGCAAAUUCUGAAGGUGCUGUUCUUAGAUGCUGAGCGCCCGUGUACACAAAUGGAGAAACUGAAGCGCCAGCUAGCAGAUGCCGAGACUGCUCUUGAAGCACGCAAGAAACCGGCCGAAGACUCAGGUGCACGUGUUGUAGGUGAAGGCCUUGUCAUCGAUGAAUGGAAGGAAAGGAGGGAGAGAUAUCUUGCUCAACAGCAGGUUGAAGGGCCAGUUGAGUCAGUAUAAAGAGUAUGCCACUCCAACAUUAUGUUGAAGAUUUUCUUGGAAGUGUUUUAGAGGCUUGGUAAAAGUAAAUAUUAUUCUAUGCUGUCUAAAUCUGUGAAGCAUUUGGAACAUUCAUUAACCAUGAUCUUUGUAAGUAACUGCAUAUGUUUAUUAUUAAGAGAAAACUACAAGUUAUGUAUAUGUGCUUCGAACUUAUCAUAUUCAGUAAAACUUUUGUAUCUAAUGUUUAA